AUGCAAUCGUGUUCAUUCUUCUUGGUUGGUAGAGAAAAGUCGUUUCAGGCUGCUCUAAGAACUGUAACCUCACUUCCUGAGAAUCUGAGUCAUACAAUCCUUCUCAAUAAACCCACUUCUCGAAAUUCCUUCGCAAAAUAUCACACAAAUCCCACUAUAAAGGAUAAAGAGAAAAAUGAAGAGCUCAAUAAUACUUAUAACUGUCAUGAUAACUCCUUGAAAGCACCAUGGAGACGAGGUGACACUUACGGGCAUAGAUACUGGGCAGGUGAUAUCCUCACAGACUAUCUUAAUAUACGUGAUACCUCUCUCAGGCAAAAAUUCUGGAAUAAUAUCAGAUCUGAAAGCUGCGGGACAUUAUUGCCCACUAUUCUUGUACAUUUUUUCCACAUAUCUAAUACCGAAGUCUCUUCGAGAACGUCACUUGACCACGAGAUAACUCGCAUUGCUGUAUCAACAUUGGAAUCUAAAAAUCUCUGUUGGGAAGAUGUCGAAAGUUGGGCCUACAUUCUCUCUACGCAGCGUGCCGAUGAAAUGGCAAAACGAAUUUACGAAUCAGAUCAUCAAUUGCAAGAGUUUUUAAUAAUGCACGUCAUGAACACUAAUCUCAGUUCUACAAAAUCUUUAGAUAUGCUAUUUUCUUGCGUUUGGGACCUUAUUCUCAGCAAGAGAUCCUCUAGGAAAACAAGAUUAUUAUCAAGCAACAAAAUAAUACAAUGUGUAAGGCAAAAUGAUUAUGAGUUUUCAAGCCCUGGACGAAUCAAACAUGAUGGAACACAGCAGAAAUCACCAGCUACUUAUAUUGAUCGAUUUACGUUUGUAGACUUAGCAAGGCGGCUACUAAGACAAUCGCGAAGACUCUGGCCUGCUUCAAUGACUAAUGUAGCACUUAUGGCUUCUUCGUAUACUAAAAUUCUGGUAGAAAAGGCCAACUGCAAUUCCCAAUCACUAGAUUCACAUCUAUCCAGACAAUUAUGCAAUAUACUUAACAUACUCAUGGUCGAGCUAUCAUACCAAGCUACCGUCGAACCUUACAGUCAGGUUGUUCACAACUGGAACGCUCAAAAAAUAUUGUUGAAACUAGCUACAGAAUUUCGGCCUGCAUUGAUCCUGAGUCAUUCUAGUUACAGGGCCAUAGUGCAGGUUCUUGCAGCCCGUGAGAUGACCCCUAAUGAAAAGGACUGUGCCCUUAGACGUUCACCAAAUUGGCCGCCAUGGAUUGUCGCUAAACACGGUAUGGAUGCUAGUUUUUCAUCCAAUGAAGAUCCUAGCCGAGUUGUCGCAGGAAUAUGUCGUAUGAAUGAAGCUGGGUACAGUGGAGGCUGGUUGGAUGAUGCAUUAAGGAUUAUUGGUGGUCAGGAUUUUGACGGUACACCUACAAUCCAACAAAGAAGAAUUCUCCCUUGGCCUGUGUCACAUCACGGAAAAUCAGAUGAAUCUAAUCCAAACGUUUGGGCCGCCAGAAUUAUGGCCACUCGUAAUAUACAAGAAGCUUGGACAGCUUUUGUUGAAUUCAAAAAGAGAGGUGGAAAGCCUUCUCAGGAUACGUACUUAGCCUUAUUUGAGAAGCUCACAUACCAAUUGGUUGUCGAAGGUCGAAAUCGUGAGUAUAAUCCUAUACCUGGCGAUGGAAGGGAAGUUCUGCCUAUUCCAGAUAAUAAUUUCAGCGAAUACUAUAAAAGAGAUCUUGAGCCACCAAGUAUUCAGCGUCUAUAUUCUGAAAUGUUACAAUCUGGUCAACGUCCUGCGGGAAGAUGUCUAAAAUUCCUCGUCCGAAAUUCCAGAACUCCAGAUGAAGGCUUUCGCUAUCUUAUUGAUGGUGGCUUAAGUAUAGAUACUCUUGAAUCUCUCAGGCUGUUCUCAGAAUCCCCAAAUCUGAAAAAUACACCCCAAAUUCCUAAAUCAAUUUUAGUUGAAUUUCUUUAUUUAAUUUGCCGUUUUGUGCCAAGAGCUAUUAGGGACCCACUCCAUACGGGUGCAAGAGAGCAAGAUUCACGUUGGAUUGUGAAAAAAUUGGUCGGUAGAUCUUCUUACGGAAUAUCGCUUAAUCAACCCCUGCGCCUAGCUGCCUACAUCUUGAGCACCCAAAAACCAACAUCCCAAUUACCUUGGUAUAUUCUAUUUCGGGCACUGAGCCGUGAAAAUAUCAUAGUUUCGUUGGAUGUCAAUGAUAGUUCGAGGAAUGAUAUACUCGCUUGGAAACUCUUUCGGGCUUCACUUGCUGACUUUUCAAAUUGUGGUCUGCAACUUAAUGCACGUGGCUUCAGUAUGCUCUGUCAUGGAAUUCAAAAGUACUCACGAGCAGUAGCUAGGAUAAAAAAUGAAAACGAAACUAUAGGUCUGAUGGAAGCGCAUCUACUUCUCAAAUCUGAGUUUAAACGACUUUCAAAGUCAAGUCAACACCAAGAAGAUUUUCAAAAACUGUAUGAACCAAUACGCGGAAUUCAUCUUCAUGCCUACAUUCGAUGCUUAGCCCUUGCUAAAGAUUAUGAAGAGAUUGUAACAACUGUUCAGUGGAUGUCGGAUCAUGCCAAAGAACUUGAUGAAAUAAUAGAACAAGAGAGUAAGGGUGCAAAGAAAACACGAUUUGAACCUCGUCUGAAAGCCUUAAUCUCAAGUAUAUAUAGUUGGGGUGGCUGGCCAACCGAUGAAGAGGUUGAGAUUUACAAGAAAAAAUCGCACACAGAAGGGCAUAUUUCUUGGUAG